AUGUUUAUUUCACUGAUUUCAGAAAAGUCCAUCAGCUGUCUGUCACCAUCAGGAUCUGUCUUUACAGUCAUCAGUACAGAUCCACUGGUACCAGGAGGAAUCUGUCAGUCAGUGGAUGGUGGACUACUGGUCACCUUGAUAGACUUGGAAUCAGAUCUUUACAAAAUAGUGUCACACAGCAGACGUCUGGUGAGACACAUCACAUUGACAGGUGAUGUCAUCCAUGAGUAUGAAUACCAGGAGGACGGUCAGACCAGACUGUUUACAAUGCCAUACAAAGUCACACAGAACAGUAACAUCUGUGUUGUGAACCGUUCAAGUGAUACGACAGGUGAACUAGUGAUUCUGUCUCCCUCUGGUCAUAUAAAGUCUGUCUACAGUGGACAGAACCUGAAAGAGAGCUUAAAUCCAUCUGAUAUAGUGUGUGACUCCCUCUAUAACAUCCUUGUUUCUGACUGUAACAACAAACAGAUUCAUCUACUGAAUCCUGACGGGGAGUUCCUAAAGUUCUUACUCCAGGAGAAUGAAGUAAACAGUCCAUACUCACUGACCCUAUACAAGUCUACACUGUGGGUGGGAUACGCGGGAGGAUUUGUUAAAGUGUUUCAGUACACAAUGUAA